AGGCACUGAGGCAAAUUGUAAACAAACGUAGAUGAACGAGCAACACCAUUGUACCUUGUAGCUGUGUGUAAUUCAGUCUGAGGCUGAUUUAUAUUUUCCUGAGACGAAAAAAGACUGGAAGAAGCCGAAGAAGCCCUAAGCAGAUUAUACAUACUUGCAUUUUUCAAAUUACAAUAUCAUACACAAUAAAUUACUCUGUCAAGUCUGACCCAUUUUAAUGUAGCCGGUCGCGAACGAUUUUGUCUGAUUCUGUUGCUGUUCCUAUUGGCUUAUGCAAGAUGGUAUCAAACAAGAGACUAUUAACUGAACGUGUGGAAGAAUCCCUGGCAAAUGGCUUUACGAGACAAUUGGUAACAAGAGGUUCGGGAAAAACCAAAGGAGGGAUCGACAUUUAUGUUAUUGCUCCUGAUCGAACCCGAUUCAGGUCGCGAGUAGAACUUCAGCAGUAUCUGAAAAACUACAAAGGAGAGAAAAUCGAUCCUGAUAUGGCAUUCCGAAGGCCAAUGAAAAAUAAGAUCAAAAUGCAUUACAAAGACAAGUUCCAAAAGAAAAAGAUUCUCAGAGUCAAAGUGAAAAGAAAAAACAAAGGAAAAAGUGUGGAGAUAAUUUCCAAGGGAAACUGCACCUUUAAGCUGGCGAACAUCAAGAAAGGCGCACAGCUGACCUCAAGGCAAGUAGACCACUUGGCAGGAAAAGCUGGACUUCCUAUUGUCAGGGUAGCACUUGAGCGGCUUGAAGCAGAAGAAGUUGAUACAGGUCACCAGGAACCAGACGUGGGAGAGGAUUCAGACGUGGCGGGAGAUGAAUUCUUUAAUCACUUCACUAUGAUCUAUGGCGAUCGUCACAGUGGGAUGGAACUAGACAAAGAGCACUCUAAUGGGAUUAAUUUCACAUCAAAUGUUUCAAGUGAUGGUGAAGACAGCAACCCGUGCCAACAGUUGGUGCCAAUAAAACCUGAAUUGCAGAUGCAAGAUUUUGCCCAGCAUUUCCAGCCAGCUCACGGGGCUUUAGGUGAAUGCUCAUGUCAACACAUCUUAUCUGGCAAGUUCCAAGCCAAGCUGCCGUUAACUCAUACAAAGCUAGAAAAAGACUUUGUUGAGCUGGUGGCUCAAAAUGACAACCAUGAGAGGCAGAUUAAAGAACUUAAGUGCAAGGUUGAAAGUUUGAGCAAACAGGUGGACGGCCUUGCUGCAGACAAUCAAAUGCUCCGUCAGCACAACUCGUUGUUGAAAAUGAAACUAAUUGCCAAUCAGCUGUCGCCAGAGGUUACAAUCACAAAAGUCUGAUGAUUUUCAUAUUUAUAAGUCCCACUCACAGCUACUAUGCCAUUGCGCAGCUGCUGUCUGAACUGGCUCCACUACCAGUUUCAGCUCUUGCAGGAAGUAAGGAUGGCACCACCCUUAGUUUGCAGCUGGCGAUUUCAUUCCUGCUCCUGUUCUCAUUGAGGUUCAAAAUUAGCAGCGCCUCAUCAUCGCCAUUCUACUCUAUCCUUUGUCAACAAUGCUCAGAUGAAAAGACUUAGCAGAUUACUACUACAGACUGAAAGUCCAGUAUAAAUUGUACAUAUUUUUUUUAAUGGCUGCAACAGUUAAAAAGUAUUAUUUUUGUGAAAUAAGGGAAUAAUGUACUUGAUAGACCUACCUUUCUUAGAAUUGAAGGCGACAAGAAUUCUCAUACUGUGCUCAUGAUUUAUAAACCCUUGGCUGCAAGCAUUUUUUAAAAUUUUUUGUGCAGCUCCAAUGAAUUUAUCUGUAAUCUCAUGUUUCUCUGUAUUUUGUAUGUGUGAAAGAUAAUCCAAUCUAAUUUUAUCUUGAUUUUUGAGGAGUUUCUUCAGAUAGUACAAGGCGAAAAUAGCAUAGAACAUGAUAGUUUAUGAAGUCAAUUAUUCCCAAACAUGAUUACAUAUAUUAUGCCAUAGUGAAAAUUUUGUAUCAUUGAAUCAAAAAUAUUUUCUUGA